AUGCGCCGCGUUCUGAUAUCAGUCGUCUGCUGUUCACAGAUCAGCCGGCAGACGCAGCAGAGUUGGAAGUUCCGACAGCUAUAUACAGGCUUCGGUGUGACGUGGUAUCGCACGAUGGGCCUCAUGACCACAUACUUCAUCCUCAUCGACUCCGGACGACGACAAUACCCGGAGAUCUUCUCCCGACCUCUCCUCGGUCCAUUCCUGGCCAGCGGCACGGCAGCGACCCUCGCCUGGUGGAUAGUCUGGCCUCUGGAGUACAUGAAGUCGCAGGUCCAGGGCCGCUACGGCGAGAAUCUUCCCGUCCUGCAGCGGAUGCGGCAGGUGAUGUUCGAGAAGGGUGGCUUCUUCGGUCUCUACCGCGGCAUCAUCCCCGGAUCGAUCCGCAGCUUCUUCGCUAAUGGCAUCGCGAUGAUCGUCAUGGUGAACGCGCAGAAGAAGGUCUCCGAGCUCGGCUGGAGGGACUGAGUAACCGGUGGGAGGAAUUGACCGACUGGCUGGAGGGACUGAGUAACUGGCUAGAGAGACUUAGCAACCAGAUGAGUGAACGACAGGCUGGAGGGACUGAGUGACCGGUGGCAAGGACUGACCGACUGCUUGGAGAGACUGAGUGACCAGAUGACUGAGUGUGGCUGGUGGGACAGAUCGAGAAGCUGUGUGGAGGGACUGGGAGCAGAGGUUCUAGCAGUUUCGAUGGAGAGACUGAAUAGCUAAUGGGACGGGGACUGGGUGUCAGAUAGAAAGAAUGAGAGCAGACUGAGGGUGUUGCGGGACGGGUGAGGGACAGAAGCUGAAAGAUGCAUCUGACAGUGAGGAAUUGUGGGGCUGUAGGGAUGGACAGAUCAGCUGUCUAGAGGGAGCAGUCCGAAGCUAUGAUGGGUAAACCGAAUGGCUGGCUAGAGGUAACUAGGUGAAGGACCAAUCAGCUGUAUGGAGAAGAAUGGAGUAAGGGGAAGGACUGAGUGACUGGAUAGAGGGACUGAGUGGCAUGAUAAUGGUCCAGGUGACUUAAUGCAGUAUCAGAAUUACACGGUAAGGGAUCCGGGUAACAGAGUAGAGAGACUGGGUGUCAAGCAGCCAGAUAAGGAACUGAAGGAACAGCCUUAGCAACUGGGUAGCAAAUUAAGACCACUAAGUGGCAGCAUAUUGAGACUGGGUGGCUGGCUGGAGGUACAGGGAGUGUAUGGUGAGAUUGGGUGGCCUGACAGACAGACUGGGUGCCUAGAGGGACUAUGUGCCUGUCUGGAAGGACUGUGCCCAUCUGGAAGGACUGUGUGCCCAUCUGGAAGGACUGUGCCCAUCUGGAAGGACUGUGUGCCCAUCUGGAAGGACUGUGUGCCUAUCUGGAAGGACUGUGUAUGUC